AUGGGCCUCGGAGCAACCGCACCAGUACGUGACGCCGUCGACCCCACAAACCGGGUUGGGCCGGAAGCAUUUCACCGGGCAGACAUCAGGGUUGGAAUUCAAAGGGCAGAUGUCAUUUUCCGCUUGAUCGGAGGGCAAUUUGAUGGGAUUAGGGUUGGAUCGGACGGUUGGCGGGAGGAGGGUGGUGACAAGAACGACAAGGAUAAAAAUCGCCGGCGGUUUGAUCUGCAACACGUGCAUUUUCUGCGAUCUUCAAAUUGUUCGAUUGUAGAUCGCAAGUCUGAGAACUCCAGAUGCUUAUUCAAUAAAUUGAUAUUGUUUACUUUCCAAUUGGCACGAACUAGAUUCUGGGUCUUGGAGGGAUUGGCAAGAAAGGAGCUGAGGUUAUGA